AUGGACCAAAACUCCUCAUUCAUAUCUAGGUGUAAAAGGAAGAUUAUCAUGGAUGACAAGAGAAAGAAGUUGAAGACAUCACAAUCAGACUCUCAGAGGACAUUGUACACUCGAGUACCUCUGCAGCAAAUCUUCCAUAGCUCAUCUUCACAAGAAUCAGAAAUUUUAGAAAAAGGAAGAGAAACUCAUUAUGGAACUCAUUACAAGGAUAAGGAAAAUUAUGAUACUGCAAAACACCACUACAUAGACUCCGGCAGCUUAGGUAACAUAAGUGCAGAGACGACGAAAAUUUGCAGGAGGGAAAGGGCUCUUAAGCUGGCUAAAAAAAGAAAUGUGAAUACUCGAUCAGGUCAUGACGAGGGUGGCUCCGUGGACAAGAGUAACGUAGCAAUGGCAAAUCGACCAGCUACUAAUGACGCAUGCACAAACACGCCUCCAAAUAAUCCUAACGAAGUUGAGGUUGUUUGGCAAACGGGUAAAGAUGGUAGGCGAUAUAACCUACCAUCCACUAAUGAGGUUGCUGCGCUGAUAGUAGGCGACUUUGAUUUUGCCAAAACUGAUAGAGACAUUGUGGUUGAAACACAUAGUGGGAGGCUACAACGAAUUAAUCAGCUAAAUCCAGCCUAUUUGGCAUUGCAGUACCCUUUAUUGUUUCCAUAUGGAGAGGAUGGGUUCAAGGAAGACAUUCCUCUAAAUAAAAAAAGUGGUAAAGAAGAUAAGGGUAGGCAAGAGGUCUCAAUGAAGGAUUUUUUUGCGUUCAGGAUCCAAGAGAGGCUAGCCGAUGCAUCUCCAUUGCUCUAUUCAAGAAGGUUAUUUCAGCAAUUCUUGGUAGACGGAUUCUCCAUGAUUGAGUCAGCCAGACUAAAUUACAUUCGGCUUGAUCAAGAAAAGUUUAGGUGUGAAAUGUACAAGGGCUUAUCCGAAGCAGUGUUAAGUGGGGAAACUAGACCUGCGUCAAGAGGAAAACGUAUCAUCCUGCCUUCUUCAUUCACGGGAGGGCCUAGGUACAUGAUACAAAACUACCAAGAUGCAAUGGCGAUUUGCAGGGUGGUUGGCUAUCCAGACCUUUUUCUUACAUUCACAUGUAAUCCGAAAUGGCCUGAAUUAGAAGAUUUUCUUAAGAAUAGAGAACUACAUGCAGAAGACCGACCAGACAUGGUAUGUAGAGCUUUCAAAGUUAAGUUGGACAAACUUAUCCAAGACAUCAGAAAGAACCAAAUAUUUGGGCGCGUUAGUGCAGUUGUCUAUACAAUCGAGUUUCAGAAGCGCGGUCUCCCUCAUGCACAUAUUCUGUUAUUUCUAUAUCAUGAUGACAAGUUUCCAACGGGAGAAGACAUAGACCGGAUCAUAAGUGCUGAGAUACCCGACAAGGUCAACGAUCCACUAUAUUACGAAGCAGUGGAAAAGCACAUGAUGCAUGGUCCAUGUGGUAGUUUUAGGAAAGAUUCACCCUGCAUGGAAAAUGGUCAAUGCAUGAGGCACUUUCCUAAGAGAUUUGUUGCGAGUACUACUAUUGAUGAAGACGGUUAUCCGGUUUAUAGGCGCAGGGAUGAUGGCAAAAUAAUAACCAAAUCAGGUGUGGAACUUGACAAUCGAUAUGUCGUGCCUCACAAUAGGAAGUUAUUAUUGAAAUAUGGUGCUCACAUAAAUGUUGAAUGGUGUAACCAGUCAAGAUCGAUUAAGUAUCUAUUUAAAUACGUCAAUAAAGGCCACGACCGUGUUACAGCUUCAUUUUACAAAAGUGCCACAAGUAUAUCCCCGUGUGAAGCUGCAUGGAGAAUUUUCGGGUAUAGCAUUCAUUAUAGGAACCCUUCUGUGGUAAGGCUAGGCUUUCACCUUCCUGGUGAACAACCAGUGAUAUUCAAAGACGAUGAAAACCUGGAUGACGUUGCUAGGAAAGAGUCUGUGAAAGAAUCCAUGUUCUUAGGAGGAUCAGGAGAAAUUUACUACCUAAGACUACUUCUAAAUUUUGUUAGAGGACCUACCAGUUAUGAACAAAUUAGAACUAUUGAUGGUGUUAUCUACUCGACAUUUCGAGAUGCAUGCUAUGCAUAUGGACUUUUGGCUGAUGAUAAAGAAUAUUGA